CUCCGGGCAGCGCGGCACCGCCCCCGCCAUGGCCGCUGCCCGCCGCCUGGGCGGCUAAGUGGCUGCCAGGGUGCUGGUCUCCCCCGCCGCUCCUCGGCUGCUUUGUCCGCCGGCCCGUGGUGCAUGGGUCGGCGAGGCGGGCCCUCAUGCGCUCGGGCCAUGGCGCGCCUGGGCGCUGUGCGCUCCCACUACUGCGCGCUGCUGCUGGCCGCGGCGCUGGCCGUCUGUGCUUUCUACUACCUCGGCUCGGGCCGGGAGACCUUCUCCAGCGCCACCAAGAGGCUGAAGGAGGCCCGCGCUGGGGCCCCCGCCGUGCCCUCGCCGCCCGCGCCGGAGGUGGCGCGGGGCUCCGUGGCGCCGGCCGCGGGCGCCAAGGCCAAGAGCCUGGAGGGCGGCGGGCCCGGGCCGGUGGACUAUCACCUGCUAAUGAUGUUCACCAAGGCGGAACACAACGCCGCGCUGCAGGCCAAGGCCCGCGUCGCGCUCCGCUCCCUGCUGCGCCUCGCUAAGUUCGAGGCGCACGAGGUGCUUAACCUGCACUUCGUGAGCGAGGAGGCCAGCCGCGAGGUGGCCAAGGCCCUGCUGCGAGAGCUGUUGCCGCCCGCCGCCGGCUUCAAGUGCAAGGUGGUCUUCCAUGACGUUGGCGUGCUGACGGACAAGCUCUUCCCGGUGGUGGAGGCCAUGCAGAAGCACUUCAGUGCUGGCUCAGGGACCUACUACAGCGACUCCAUCUUCUUCCUCUCGGUCGCCAUGCAUCAGAUUAUGCCCAAAGAGAUCCUGCGGAUAAUUCAGCUGGACCUAGACCUGAAGUACAAGACCAACAUCCGGGAAUUGUUUGAGGAGUUUGACAAUUUCCUGCCAGGCGCCAUCAUUGGCAUAGCGAGGGAAAUGCAGCCAGUGUACAGGCACACGUUCUGGCAGUUCCGCCACGAGAACCCCAAGACCCGGGUUGGGGGCCCUCCCCCCGAGGGGCUCCCUGGCUUCAACAGCGGGGUGAUGCUGCUGAACCUGGAGGCCAUGCGCCAGUCCGCCCUGUACAGCCGCCUGCUGGAGCCGGGGCAGGUGCGGCAGCUAGCCGACAAGUACCGCUUCCGCGGCCACCUGGGGGACCAGGACUUCUUUACCAUGAUCGGCAUGGAGCACCCCGAGCUCUUCCACGUGCUGGACUGCACCUGGAACCGGCAGCUCUGCACCUGGUGGAGGGACCACGGCUACAGUGACGUCUUUGAGGCUUACUUCCGGUGCGAGGGCCACGUCAAGAUCUACCACGGGAACUGCAACACCCCCAUCCCGGAUGUCUAGGUCCAUCCCCGUCUGCCGGGCCCUCAGGUCUCCGGGGCCGGGGGAGGCCGAGGGGCACCCCUGGCGCCAGCCCCAGGCUGGUGUCUGAACCUCCGCAGGGAUGUGCUCUGGGACGAUGGGCUGCAACUGUCCCACCCGGCAGGUCCUCCUCCUGAGGCCACCCAGUGAGGACUGGCCUGCUCGUUGCUGGUGCUUGGGGCCUUUCUUCUCCGGGGGCUGGGCACUGUGAAGGGCAGACACAUGGACAUCUUCCGGUGGGCUCGGAAGCAGGUGCUUAAAGAGAAGAAAGGAAAGAAAAUGGCGCUCUGUGCCCUCAGCCCCCAAAGAAUGGAAACCUUUGUAAGAACUGGCUUUUCUUAGACCAAAUAUAAAUUUAUUUUAAAUUGACAAGCUUCUCUUUUGCCAGAAAGAACAAACAGUAUCGCUAGAGCUCCCAGUGUCUGGGUGGGAAGGUCACCACCGGCUCGGGGCAGGUCUGCGGGGCCAGCAGCGGCCCGCAUGAGAAACCCGGGCUCAUUACUGUAGCUUCCCCAGCUUCUGGCUCCCAGCCGCAUCCCAGAACCUCAUUAUCCCUCCUUCAUCCCAGCCAGCUUCAGGUGACCAGACUGUGCUCGGAAAUCAGAUCCGCCAUCAAAGAACAGCGCUCGGCCACCUCCAGGGACAGGCGAUAGAGUCGUCUGGAUGGGGAAGAUGCUUUCCAAAGAGGAGCCCAGCAGUUUCUGUGCAUAACCGUGUGGCUCCGAAGGGGUGUCCCUCGUAGACUGAUAAGCAUUCAGUCUCUGUCUAAAAAAUCAUCCUGUGAUUUUCUUACUGCAUCAUAUUAGACCCUGUUCCUUUGAAGAAAUUAGGUUCUCCUCUGAAUGAGUUCCCUUGUAAGAUGCAGACAGGAGGCCCCUGGCGGUCCAUUUUGUCUAGUCCAGGGGGGCUCCUCGGGGAAGCACUGUUGGUGGAUUUUCAUCUCCUUUGAUCUCAAUUUCAUUCACUUUUUUAUUUCUCUUCACCAUGAGUGAGAAUAGCUAAUAAACAAUCUUUGAGAACACAGUGA